AUGGAUUCAAACGAUAUAUUAGAUGACAAGGAUAGUGGGCCGGAGGUACAGAUCAACUUUCCAAGCUCCGUGAUGACACGCAUCGAAGAAAUGAUGGGAGGAACGGAGCAGUUCGAUAGUGCCGAAUUUGAUGCAGUAGCAUACAUAAACCGAGUGUUCCCGACGGAGCAGUCUCUGUCGGGCGUGGAGAGUGCGGCGGCGCGCUGUGAGUUCCACCUGGCCGGCGUCGAGCACGACAUACGGCGCCUCGUCAGGGCGCAGGCCGAGCAGAGGGAUGCCGGCCAACAGGCACUGCUAGAGGCUCAGCGCUGUAUUGGAGAACUGGCAUUACAGGUAGCGGACAUAAACAAGAAAGCGGAGCGCAGUGAGAGCAUGGUGCGCGAGAUAACGUCGGAGAUCAAACAGCUGGACUGCGCCAAGUCCAACCUGACGGCCGCCAUCACGGCGCUGAACCACCUGCACAUGCUGGUGGGCGGCGUCGACACGCUGCGCGCCAUGACCACCAGUCGCCAGUACAAGGAGAUCGUUCUUCCCAUGCAGGCUAUCAUGGAGGUGCUACAACACUUUGAAUGUUACCGUGAGAUCCGCGAACUGAGCGUACUCCGCGACCAAGUCACCGCCAUACGAGCACAGCUAGCCGCGCAGAUACUACAGGACUUCAAAGAUGCAUUCACUGCGGGCAGUAAGGGCGGAGUAUCACACCGCACUCUGUCGGAAGCGUGCGCCGUGGUCGACAUAUUGGAGCCGAGAGUUAAGAACGAUCUGCUCAAGUGGUUCAUCAAUAUGCAACUACAGGAGUACGAGCAUUUAUUCUCCGGCGAGCAGGAGUACGCGUGGGUGUCCCACGUGGAGCGUCGCUACGCGUGGCUCAAACGACAUCUGCUCACGUUCGAGGACUCCCUCGCCGCACUCUUCCCUCACUCCUGGAGGCUCAGCGAGAGGAUCGCGCAGCAGUUCUGUCAGAUGACGUGUAGUGCCCUGGGCGCCCUGCUGUCGUCGCGUCGCAGUGAGCUGGACGUGAAGUUGUUGCUGUACGCGAUACAGAAGACUUACAACUUCGAGCUACUUCUGCACAAGCGGUUCACUGGCACAGACUUAGGCGCGGAGCCCCUAGACGUAGCAGAGACCAAGCCGGACACACAGACAGAGCUGGAGCCGGGCAGCCAGGCGGGGGCGGGCGGGGGCCCGGGCCCCGCGGGGUCGGCCUGGGUGGGCCUGAUCGGGGCCUGCUUCGAGCCCUACCUGUCGCUCUACGUCAGCUCGCUCGAUGCCAACCUCAGCGAACUCAUGGAGCGGUUCAUACAGGACGCGAAGGCGUCAUCCUCGUCGGACAGUAGCGCAGCUAGUGUAGUGGGUGCAGGCGGCGCGGGGGGCGCCGUCAUAUCAUCCUGCGCGGACUUGUUCCUGUUCUACAAGAAGUGCCUCGUGCAGUGCGCCAGGCUCACUACCGGGGAACCCAUGCUAGAGUUGGCGGGAGUGUUCCAGAAGUACCUCCGUCAGUACGCGAGCGGAGUGUUACAGGCGUCACUCCCUCGCGCCAUGGGGGCAGCACUGGCGCCCUCUCUCGUCACCAACCUACACACGUUACUGAGGGACGACGAUACGAGGCAUGCCAGGUAUACUCCGCUCGAGCUGGCCAGGAUCACCAGCGUCAUCACCACGGCGAGUACUGCCUCGAGACCACCGUGCAUCUGGAACAGAAGCUCAAGGAGAAGGUGGCCCCAGCACUCGCAGACAAGAUCGACCUCACGCCCGAGCAGGAUCUCUUCCACAAGCUCAUCAGUUCCUGCAUACAACUACUAGUACAGGACCUAGAACUGGCGUGCGAGCCGGCUCUGUCCGCCAUGCUGAAGGUAUCGUGGCUGCACUGGGACGCGGUGGGGGACCAGUCCUCGUACGUGACCCAAAUACUGAUGCAGCUCCGCAACACAGUCCCCCGCCUGAGGGACAACCUGUCCUCGUCCCGCAAGUACUUCACCCAGUUCUGCAUCCGCUUCGCGAACUCCUUCAUCCCGAAGUUCAUCCAGAACAUCUACAAGUGCAAGCCGAUGUCGACGGUGGGGUCGGAGCAGUUGUUGCUGGACACGCACAUGCUGAAGACGGCGCUGCUGGAGCUGCCGGCGCUCGGCUCCGACCUGCGCCGCCCCGCGCCCGCCACAUACACCAAGGUCGUCAUCAAGCUCAUGACCAAGGCCGAGAUGAUCCUGAAGCUGGUGAUGGCCCCGCUGGACGGCCUGGACGGGUUCGUGUCCCAGUGCGUGCAACUGUUGCCGGACUGUACGCUGGCCGAGUUCCACAAGGUGCUGGACAUGAAGGGCGCCAAGUUGUCCAAGGCGCAGCAGACAUCGCUCGACGCUCUCUUCAAACAAACUUGCAAGAACGCCAGCGGAGACUCCGCCAAGUGA